CAUCGAAAGGGCACAAGGCUCGGAUAGAAAUUGAGGAGUGACAUCUGCUUUUCAUCUUCUUUCGUGGCCUGUUUGUUUCUAAUUUGCUUUCUAAAACAGUUUUCGUAUAUAACUUUCUUUUCUAGUUUUUUUUCUCUCUCGCAUUUUCUCCGAAAAAAAAAAGGGAAAAAAAAAAAGAGAAAAAACCAAAAAAACAAAAAUGUUCAUUGAGAGCUUCAAAGUUGAGAGCCCUAACGUUCACUACACAGAAAAUGAGAUUCAUUCUGUGUACAACUAUGAAACCACUGAGCUUGUUCAUGAAAAUAGAAAAGGAACCUAUCAGUGGAUUGUCAAACCCAAAACUAUCAAAUACGAAUUCAAAACUGAUACCCAUGUUCCCAAACUAGGGGUUAUGCUUGUUGGCUGGGGUGGAAACAAUGGCUCAACCCUCACUGGUGGUGUUAUAGCGAACAGAGAAGGAAUCUCUUGGGCAACCAAGGACAAGGUGCAACAAGCCAAUUACUUUGGCUCACUGACCCAAGCUUCAUCCAUUCGCGUUGGGUCUUUCAAUGGGGAAGAGAUUUAUGCCCCAUUCAAAAGCCUUCUUCCUAUGGUGAACCCAGAUGACAUUGUAUUUGGGGGAUGGGACAUAAGUGACAUGAACCUAGCAGAUGCCAUGGCAAGGGCCAGAGUCUUUGACAUUGACCUGCAGAAGCAACUUAGGCCUUACAUGGAGUCCAUGGUCCCACUUCCUGGAAUCUACGAUCCUGAUUUCAUUGCUGCCAAUCAAGGUUCACGUGCUAACAAUGUUAUCAAAGGGACCAAGAAGGAACAAGUCGAGCAAAUCAUAAAAGACAUUAGAGAGUUCAAGGAGAAAAACAAGGUGGAAAGAGUGGUCGUCCUCUGGACUGCCAACACUGAAAGGUACAGUAAUGUGGUUGUGGGGCUCAAUGACACCAUUGAAAACCUUUUGGCUUCGGUGGACAAGAAUGAAGCUGAGAUAUCUCCUUCCACUCUGUAUGCCAUAGCUUGUGUUUAUGAAAAUGUUCCUUUCAUCAAUGGAAGCCCACAGAACACAUUUGUCCCAGGGCUGAUUGAUUUUGCUAUCAUGAGGAAUAGUUUAAUUGGUGGGGAUGACUUUAAGAGUGGUCAGACAAAGAUGAAAUCUGUACUGGUUGAUUUCCUUGUUGGAGCUGGUAUCAAGCCUACAUCCAUAGUGAGCUAUAACCAUCUAGGGAACAAUGACGGCAUGAAUCUUUCAGCCCCACAAACCUUCCGCUCCAAAGAGAUCUCAAAGAGCAAUGUUGUGGAUGACAUGGUUGCUAGUAAUGGCAUCCUUUAUGAGCCUGGCGAGCAUCCUGACCACGUGGUGGUCAUCAAGUAUGUGCCAUACGUUGGGGAUAGCAAGAGAGCUAUGGAUGAGUACACCUCUGAGAUAUUCAUGGGUGGAAAAAGCACCAUUGUUCUGCACAACACCUGCGAGGACUCUCUGCUUGCUGCUCCUAUUAUUCUUGAUUUGGUCCUCCUUGCUGAGCUCAGCACCCGCAUCCAGCUCAAAGCUGAAGGAGAGGGCAAGUUUCACUCUUUCCACCCUGUGGCUACCAUUCUCAGUUACCUCACCAAGGCUCCUCUUGUUCCCCCUGGUACUCCAGUGGUGAAUGCACUGUCAAAGCAAAGGGCAAUGCUGGAGAACAUACUGCGGGCUUGUGUUGGACUGGCUCCUGAGAACAACAUGAUUUUGGAAUACAAGUGAGAAGUAGAGUGAGGAGAUUGAUUCACAAAGUUGAAGUAUCCCUCUUUUUAUGAAACCUGUGUCUAAUGCUUUUACAGAUUGUGCGAGAGAGAAUUUCUCUGUAGCUCUCUGUGUUUGAACUUUUUUUUUUAAAUAUAUUUUUUUCCUUUUUUCUUUUGUCUAUUCUGGGUUGGUGCCCCAAUUGUAGAUCCGUUGCUUUUGCUCAUUCAGAAGCAAGCAACUCUUUUCUGUUGGAAAUAGAUAUAUAAUAUUAUAAAGUAAAUUAUAUUGUCCUCU